AUGAUAACAUGGAUUAACUUAAUGGAAUCUAGUGGAGCAAUUCUAUCAGAUUCGAUGUUAAUUGCAAAAGCUCUUAAGUCUGGAAAAAAUUUUCCAGAAUUUAAAGCAAGUCGUGGGUGGCUAGAAAAGUUUAAAUUACGAAAUGGUAUCAAGUUAAGAAAAUUUCACGGAGACAGUGGAUCAGUAAAUCAUGAUGAAAAAUCUAUUACUGAUUUUAAUGAAACAAUGAGUUUAAAAAUUGAACAAUAUGGAUUGGACAAUGUUUAUAAUGCAGAUGAAACUGGUGUUUUUUACAAGGCGAUUCCUUCCAAAAGUGUGUGCACCAAAUCACGGCCUGGAAUAAAGUUGUCGAAGGAUCGAUUUUCGUUACUAUUAUGCAAAUUGUUCUGGUUCCGAUAA